GCUGGUCCGAUCAGCUGCGUGGAUAUAAAAGCUGGGUCUUGCCUUCCCGACGCUCCGAAUUUUUGCAUUGCAUCUCGCACUCGUCUCGUUUCCUCCUCCAUCUGUCCGGCUCUGCCUUUGCAAGACUCUUCCUGCCCAUCAUGACCAAGACUGUCCUGUUCGCCCACGACGAAUCUACCCACGCCUCCAGCGCCCUCUCCUGGGUGUUCACCUACAUCCUCAAGGAGCACGACAAGCUCGUUGUCUCUACCGUCGUCCCCGAUGCUGUCGAGAAGGAAGCUGCCUUCUCCCGCAUCAAGACUCUCAUCCGCGUCCUGGCUGAGAGCCACAACCUCCACAAAGUCGACUAUGUCGUCCGCAUCGUCAUCGGCGACAAGCCCCAGGUCGGCAACCUUAUCUGCGACCUCGCCCGCGAGAUCCAGCCCUCGAUGCUCGUCCUGGGCUCGGCCGGCAAGACCCAUAUCCAGGGAUUCCUGAUCGGCUCCGUCUCCCAGCACUGCGUUGCCCACGCCACCUGCCCCGUCAUCGUUGCCCGCCUCCAGGAAUCCAACAUCAAGACCAACCCUGCUGAGGAAGCCACGGAUGACUCGUUGUAAAUAGUAUCGCCUGCCUCACUCUCUGUGGAUGCUCCCUCUGUCCUGGUACCGACGAUGCCGUGUGUCGGCCAUCAAGCUGCUGCUCCUCCCAACUACACCGAUCCUCGAGACCGCAGGGACCCAGACUCUCUAGCCAGGCUCCUCCGUCCUUGCUUCUGAAGAAUGUCCAGCCGGCUCCUACCUCUGGCUCUUUUCACAGCGGACAUGGGCACUCUUUGUGGUCUGUGGUGUGUGCGCCGCCCUGGUCGAUUUCUCCCCUCCUCCUCCCCAUGUCAGUGAUUUCCAGUCGAUUUGUUUUAUACUUUUGCUUCUCUUUCUCGCUCACCAAUAUACACUUGACACGUAACCGAUAUACG